AUGAAGCCUAGCAUUUACCUUAAUUUGGUACCAAUUCUAGGGUUGGUAGGAUCAUCGUAUUGCUCCCAGAAUGACUUGAUGUACGGAUUUGAUAAAAUAAAGAGAAAUGCAGUCUUUAAUGAUGUGUUUGACGUCAGACAAGAGACGAGCAAUCAAGGUUUAGAGUCCGAAGAAAAGUGUCCUCCGUGCUUCAACUGUAAUUUGCCCAACUUUGAAUGCACUCAAUUCUCCAACUGCAACCCCUAUACGGGCAUGUGUGAGUGUCUCGAUGGAUAUGGAGGAAUGGAUUGCUCAGAGCCAUUGUGUGGUGCUCUCUCGGAUGGCAAUAAAAAUAGACCCGUCAGGGAAGAAAAUAAGACUUGUACGUGUAAAGAUGGAUGGGAUGGGUUAAAUUGCAACAUCUGUAAGGAUGACAAAUCUUGUGAUCCAUUCAUGCCAGAAGGUUUAAGUGGCACAUGUUACAAGCAAGGCAUCAUUAUCAAAAAGUUCCACCUGAUGUGUGAUGUAACUAAUAAGAAAAUUAUUUCCAUAUUGAAGGGGAGGAAACCAGAGGUGACCUUUAGCUGUAAUAAAGAAUCAAAUACUUGCAAUUUCCAGUUUUGGAUUGCUCAGAAAGAGUCUUUCUAUUGUGAUUUAAACAAAUGUGAGUUUGAAUACGAUUCAAAAUCCAACUCAACUCGUUAUAACUGCGACAAGGUUGACUGUAAAUGCUUACCGGGGAGAAUGCUAUGUGGAGAGGCUGGAUCAAUUGAUAUAUCUGAUUUUUUGACUGAAACAAUCAGAGGGCCUGGUUUCUUUUCUUGUGAUAUCAAUGAACAUAGUUGUAGCUUUUCUGAGCCAAGUAUGAAUGACUUGAUAUCAUCGGUGUUUGGAGACCCAUAUAUUACUCUUAAGUGCUCAUCAGGUGAGUGUGUUCACAAGAGUGAAAUUCCAGGCUACAAUGUUCCUGAUAAGAAUGAGCUAACGCUCGGCAGUAUAUUGUUGAUUCUCAGUGUCAUUUUGGUGUGUGGCUUGAUAGUGUUUACUAUUUUGCACAAUGUGCGUAAAUCUCCUUUAUUUAGGAGGAAAUCUGGAACCUUAGAACCACUAGAGAAUGAAGGCGCAAAUGACCUCAACUCUGAUACGAUUUCUGCUACUCUUACGUUUGAAAAUGUUGGCUAUACUGUCAAAAAUGGUCAGCAAGUUUUGAGAGGUGUCUAUGGAAUAGUCAGGCCCCGUGAAUGUUUAGCCAUUAUGGGAGGAUCUGGUGCCGGUAAGACCACUUUGUUGGAUAUAUUGGCGGCAAAAAAUAAAGAUGGAACAGUCACAGGUUCUAUUUGCAUUAACGGACACGUUGUAGACCAUAAUAAUUAUAAAAAAAUGGUUGGGUUUGUUGACCAGGAAGAUCAAUUAAUUUCAACUUUGACUGUCUACGAGACAGUAUUAAACAGUGCUUUACUUAGGUUGCCGCGGACUAUGUCUUUAAGAGCUAAAGAAGCUAGGGUCAUCGAAGUGUUAAAUGAAUUGAGGAUCUUGGGAAUUAAAGAUAGAGUAAUUGGAUCAGAUUUUAAGAGAGGAAUUUCAGGAGGCGAAAAGAGAAGAGUCUCUAUUGCCUGUGAAUUAGUUACUUCGCCUUCUAUACUUUUCUUGGAUGAGCCAACCUCGGGUUUGGAUUCCUACAACGCAAGUAAUGUCGUUGAUUGUUUGGUGAGAUUAUCAAGAGACUUUGACAGAACCAUUGUCUUUACAAUUCAUCAGCCCAGAAGCAAUAUUGUGUCUUUGUUCGACAAACUACUUCUAUUGAGCGAAGGUGAUUUGAUUUACUCUGGUGAGAUGAUAAAAUGUAAUGAUUUUUUUACAAAGUAUGGAUAUAAAUGUCCUCUUGGGUACAAUAUAGCGGAUUAUUUGAUCGAUAUUACACUGAAUCAUAAGAAGGUUUUGAAAGUUGGAAGUUCGAAUAGUGACUUCUUACCGGAGGACUUUGCGGGUGAACCAAGCACUGAAGACAUUCAUGAUAGCUUCCUUCAAGACGCAGAAAGCAGCGAUGUUGAUACUACCAGAGAAUGGGAGCAUUUUGCAGUCCACAGAGAUGAAUAUAAUUAUAAUGUACAACUGAAAAAGGAUAAAUCUGGAGAAGAAUCCACAUACAUACAGUUUAAUAAUAAAUUACCUACAAUUUUCAGAGAGUCGGUUUUGUCUGCUGAAUUAAAGCAAGAAAUUGAAGAUAUUAGGAGAAAUCCAAGUGAUGAUAAGUUUAACCAAAAGAUGUUUAAGAAGGCAACAUUUUUCAGCCAGCUCUUAAUUUUAAGCGCAAGGACGUUCAAGAAUUUAUAUAGAAAUCCAAGGUUACUUCUUAGCCAUUAUAUACUAUCAUUUUUGGUCGGUAGUUUCUGUGGUUACCUAUACUACGAUGCUGCUUAUGAUAUUAGUGGAUUUCAAAAUAGGCUUGGAUUAUUCUUCUUCAUUCUUGCCUUGUUUGGAUUCUCGGCUUUGACUGGUUUGCAUUCGUUCUCAUCUGAAAGGAUUAUUUUUAUUCGUGAAAGAGCAAAUAAUUAUUAUAAUCCUUUUUCCUACUACUUAAGCAAAAUACUUUGUGAUGUGCUUCCCUUAAGAGUGUUACCUCCAAUAAUAUUGAUCAGUGUUGUAUACCCGCUAGUGGGUUUAUCCAUGCAACACAAUGGAUUUUUGAAAUGUAUUCUUAUUCUAGUCUUAUUCAAUUUGGCAGUUUCAAUCGAAGUGUUAAUUGUCGGAAUUCUAAUUGGUGACCCUGGUACAUCCACAAUGAUUGGUGUCUUAGUUUUGUUAUUUUCUCUUUUGUUUGCUGGUCUUUUUGUGAAUAGCAAGGAUUUGAAUACUCAAAUUAAAUGGAUGGAAUGGAUUUCAGUUUUCCAUUAUGCUUACGAGGCUCUCUCUAUAAAUGAAGUCAAGGAUUUAAUAUUGAGAGAAAAGAAAUAUGGGUUGUCCAUUGAAGUUCCUGGCGCAGUUAUAUUAAGUUCGUUUGGUUUUAAUGUCAGUGCUUUUUGGAAAGACGUUUCUUUCUUAGGUUACCUCACUUGCUUGUUUUUGAUUCUCGGAUAUAUCUUCCUUCACUACUUUGUUGUUGAAAGGAGGUAA